UGGUCAAAACUCAUGCAAAUUUUUUUAAAUCUCGUUUUAGCUGGUAAGUUUUAGGCUCCUUUUAUUUGCCUUCUGGCUUUUAAUAGAGCUGAGCAAAACCUUUUCAGUGAAUAAGUUGUUUGCCUGAGAUGGAAAAGGAUUUUUUUUUUUUAAUUUAUUUUACACACAAUUUUUGGAUGUGGUUCAACCCAAAUUGAGUUUUCCCUCUUUCCCCCGCCCCCCAAACCCAAUUUUUCAAGACUUCCAGCAAACCUCUUGGCGCUGCUUCUCAAGGUGGCCACCAUUAGCAACUAACCCCAUGCCUGCCCUCAGACCCCUGGUGAAACCUAAGAUCAUCAAGAAGAGAACCAAGAAGUUCAUCCGCCAUCAACCAGAUCACUAUGUCAAGAUCAAGCGCAACUGGCAUAAGACAAGAGGUAUCAAUAACAGAGCUUGCAGGAGGUUCAAAGGCCAAAUCUUGAUGCCCAACGUUGGUUAUGGUAGCAAUAGAAAGACGAAAUACAUGCUGCCCACCAGAUUCAAAAAGUUUCUAAUCGACAACGUCAAAGAACUUGAGGUGCUGCCGAUGAGUAACAAGUCUUAUUGUGCAGAGAUUGCUCACAAUGUUUCCUCCAAGAGCCGCAAGGUAAUUGUAGAGCGAGCAGCUCAGCUUGCUAUCAAGAUCACCAAUCCAAAAUGCCAAACAAACAAAGUUAGUUAUUUGUGUAGUUUUUAAGUGUAGGGUUCACGU